CAUGCUUUAGAGAGGACGGGCCCCCUUGGCUCCUGGUCUACCCAAACAGACCCCUCUCACCCCGCGCGCCAAGCCCCCAUCCCCUCCAGGAUGCAGAGAGAGGCUGCGUUCAGACUGGGGCACUGCCAUCCCCUCCGCAUCAUGGGGUCUGUGGACCAAGAAGAACCGAAUGCACAUAAGGUCGCCAGCCCACCCUCCGGACUCGCAUACCCUGAUGAUGUACUGGACUAUGGCCUCAAGCCAUACAGCCCCCUAGCCAGUCUCUCUGGCGAGCCCCCCAGCCGAUUGGGAGAGCCGGAUAGGGUGGGGCCCCAGAACUUUCUGAGCCCGGCGGCCAAGCCAACAGGGGCCUCGGGCCUGAGCCCUCGGAUCGAGAUCACUCCAUCCCACGAACUGAUGCAGGCAGGGGGGCCCUUCCGCGUGAGAGACACUGGCCUCCUGGUGGAGCAGCCGCCCCUGGCAGGGGUGGUGGCCGCCAGCCCGAGGUUCACGCUGCCCGUGCCCGGCUUCGAGGGCUACCGCGAGCCGCUUUGCUUGAGCCCCGCUAGCAGCGGCUCCUCUGCCAGCUUCAUUUCCGACACCUUCUCCCCCUACACCUCGCCCUGCGUCUCGCCCAAUAACGGCGGGCCCGACGACCUGUGUCCCCAGUUUCAAAACAUCCCUGCUCAUUAUUCCCCCAGAACCUCGCCAAUAAUG